AUGGCGGCUAACAAAAUAUUCAGCCUUCAAUUCUCUCUUUGUUUAGGUGACUGCUGGCUCUUGGCCGUAAUUUCUUCCUUGACCCUCCACAAGGACCUUUUCGUACAGGUUGUGCCGCCGAAACAGACGAUGCAACAACCAGAUUAUGUAGGAAUAUUUCGCUUUCGUUUCUGGCGUUUCGGUCAGUGGGUUGAAGUUUUAAUUGAUGACAGACUUCCCGUGCGUUAUGGAGGCAAGCAAUUGAUAUUCAUGCAUUCAAGUGACUCACUCGAGUUUUGGUCGGCUCUACUGGAGAAAGCCUAUGCUAAGUUAGUCAUGCAUAAAAAAUAA